AUGUUUGUGACAGGUUCAAUUUGGUGUUGGCGCAAGCAGUGCACGCAGCUCAGUUGCGCCCGCGUCGCUCCUGAGAAGCCAACGACAGGGUUUGCACGGCGGGGAGCACGCCGCCGGCUCGGUUGCCAAGCGCUCGUCGCAAAGAGCGACCUGACGGGUUGGAAAGACUGGCUGAGUGGCGGUUGGCCCGGCGGCGAGGCAGGUUUUUUCAAGUGGCUUGACAGCGGUGGUGAGGAUGAUGUCCCCUACCUAGAGCCGGAUAAGCAGCCCCGGGCCUCCAAGUCCGGAGCUCGUUCGUCGUCGAACAACGCAGCGGCUCGCAGUGACGCAGCUGCACCUCGUUCGAACUCGACGGCGGCCUCAACGCCACCACAGGGUGGUCGCGUCGUUACCAAGCUCGUGACAAACCCGAUUACUGGCAGGAUAACUUUGGAGUAUGUCGUAGAAGACGACGAGAACAAUACCAAGUGA